AUGGUAUGUGCGAGAAACGAGUGCGUGAGCUUCUUAACGGGACUUGAACAGGCCAGAGCGAAAUGUUCGGAUCGUGAACUAAACCUGUCGUUGGUCGACCGCUACUUACCGGUGAAUGCUAGUGGUCUUGUUGGCAAUCGCGAAUCCCUCCACACGCUGUCAUCGUGGUUGAGUGCUUGGAAAGUAGGUGGUUGCGAUCGUCAAAAGCUCGAUUGCUUGCACUCGGAACUUCUUACGUUUGAGGAUAGCGACAGCGAUGGGGAGGGUGAGGCUGGCGAUCUGUGUCGUCUAUUCAUUUUAGAGGGCGAGUCGGGCUCGGGUAAAUCGGCAGCCGUCUAUGCGUGCGCCGAAGAGCUCGGCUACGAGAUUAUUGAGAUCAACGCAGCUCAAAAUCGCUCUGGAAAGAGUGUCGUGGAGCUUGCCGGUGAAGCCACGCAGUCUACUCGUGUUUUGCACGUGGGUACAAAGGAGGACAAGCGAAAGAAGCAACACAAGAAGAAGCGGAGACGACACGUGGAAAGCCGUAAGAGUUUCGAGCAGCCAGCAGCAUCGUCAUUGUCGCUGGUGAUGUUUGAAGAUGUAGACCUGGUCUUUGACGACGACAAAGGUUUCCUCAAUGCUGUGUGCUCCAUCGCUAAGCAUUCAAAAUGCCCUAUUGUCGUAACUUGCACACAGUUGCCUGAUACGUUUCCCGCUAAACCCGGGCGUCUGUACCGCGAACUUCGCAAGCCUUCAAUCGACGAGUUUGCAACAUGGAUGCGUCUGGUAGCCUUCAUUGAAGGACUGCAAUUGGCACCAUCUCUUAUAGAUGUACUAGGUAAGUUCUUUGAACGGGAUGUUCGUCGCUCACUGCAUUUUCUGGAGGCCAGUUUACUGGUUUCUGAUGCAAAGACAAAGACGCUGUGGCAAUGGCAACACGAUAACGCAGACAGCAACGGUGCUAUCCACGUAAAUGUUCCUGCUUGGACCAUAUGGUCAGCAGGGUCCUCGUCGUUCGACGCUCUGACAAGUAAUUUACUAUUAGAGCUCAGCGCUGCUGCUGAAUUCGAGGAAAAGAAACACGAGGACAAAAGCCGUGAAGAGAAGCAAGUGGAAGUUGACGCUAUGGCGGAGUUAGCGCAGGUCAUGGAUUCUGCUUCGGUUGCAGAAAUGUGGAUGGCACCUGCUACGGCCAAUGGAUUCGAUAGCGAUGAAACUGAGGAUUCGUUCUUUCUCCGCGAACGUCAACGACUUGCCGCACUGGAGCUGAGACGUUCUAGUCUUUAUAUGUUGGGAUCGUCUACGAGUCCUCUUGGUGCGUUGUUGAUGCAGGGCCAAGGCCCUGUCGCCUCUAAAUGCGUUCAGCGGACAUUAGACUGCGCUCUCGCAGCUUCCAGUCGACGUUUCCACCAGACAGCGUUAGCGGAGCUGAAACCAAAGUUUGAGCUUCCGCUUGCCUACAAAGGAUGUGGAAACUCCGAGCCGCGAUUUACGCUCGACUAUAUGCCAAUGGUAGGCCUUCUAUUGUCCAGUGCCAGUCUACAAGAAGGUCGACGACGGGCAUCUCGACGGAACCACUAUUUAGGCGACGUGUUGGGGGACAUGAGUCUAAUUGACGAGUUGCCAGCUUUUAACACGUACUUGCAGUCCGACAAGAACAAACUCCUCGCCACAUCCCCGGUGCCCACACAGUGA